CUUCAUUCGACAGACAUCAUGCCUGCUGACGUUGCCAAACCCGCUCCCAAGAAGGGCUCCAAGAAAGCCGUUUCUAAGACCGCAGUCAAGGGCGGUAAGAAGCGCCGAAAGACCAGGAAGGAGAGCUAUGCCAUUUAUGUGUACAAGGUGCUGAAGCAGGUCCACCCCGACACCGGUAUCUCCUCCAAGGCGAUGGGAAUCAUGAACUCCUUCGUCAACGACAUCUUUGAGCGCAUCGCCGGUGAGGCCUCUCGUCUGGCUCACUACAACAAGCGCUCCACCAUCACCUCCAGGGAGAUCCAGACCGCAGUCCGCCUGCUGCUCCCCGGUGAGCUGGCCAAGCACGCCGUGUCUGAGGGCACCAAGGCUGUGACCAAGUACACCAGCUCCAAGUAGACUACCACUUGAUAUCAAACAAACGGUCCUUUUCAGGACCACUCAAAUACGUCUAAAAGAGCUAUAGGCCUACCUUUAACUAUGCAGACGCUGUCCAUAUCUCAAGCAGUAUUUUGGGGGUACGGAAUGCAUUUAAACCAAGCUUAGAAACGACGGGCUUUGGACAGGACUUAUCUGAAACUCAACACAAACGCUCACGGUACAGUUUGAAUACUAGAGAAUAAAAAGCCUUUUUGAGGAUUUUUUUUUUUGAGGGGUACCGGUAAUUCAGUGGCGUUGGGCUCACUCCCCACACACAAUCUGUCAUGACAAAUGACUCCCGUCAAAUGUCGACAAAAUCUCUUUGUAAAAGCUUACAUGUGUAUAUGGUAUGAGAUAUCAAUUAAAUAGAACCUGAAGAACCCAACGAAUCUCUGCUCCUUGGGGUUGGAAAGUCUUUCCCCGCUCCUUAUUUUUCUAA